UUCUUUUAUUUACAAAAUCAAACCAAACUUUUACAUGUCUGUUUAUUAAACAAUUUCUAUUCCAAUUUUUGCUUUUUACAUAAUUGCAACGUUAUUGUUCUAUUUAAUGUAAGAAACAGUCAAGUGUUUUAUAUUUACUCCUUACAGGGCUUCCAAAAAUUUUAUUCAUACAAAGGCAAAACACAAAAAUGUCUUUUAACAGUGUGAAUAUAUCAGUGGAGGCCCCAAUAGAAAACCAAAUCCAAGAAAUAACAUAUGACGGAGUGGAAUUAUAUCAGCCGCCUUUAACACUAUCAGAAAGCUUAGCAAAAUAUGCCCAAAAAAUCGACUUCAGCAAAACCUCAGAGCUUGAUAUUAAGAGAGAAGAGGCAGCAGCUGAAGAGGCUAAAUCAGACACAGACAGUAAGGAUGCUUUCCAGUCUUCUUUAUGGCCCUGGGACUCUGUGAGGAACAAACUCAGAAACGCUCAUCAGGAAAUCUGCGUUUUGGCAGACGUUCUAGCUAUUGCCAAGGAAAAGCGAUAUAUGGUUUUGGAUCCUGUGCAGCAGGAACCCCUGGAAACAAAACCUAUGGUCCAAAUUUAUGCUCGGAAAAAAGCUUUAGCUGGUGCUGCAAAUGUAUUGCUAGCAGGGGUGGAGAAAUUAAAAACCUCCCAAAAUGAAGCUGCAAGAAACAGAACAAUGCCAGAUUUUCAUAUUGAGUUAUUAAGGCUUAGACAAAACUGGAGGUUAAAGAAGGUUUCCAAUACCAUUAUAGGAGAUUUAAGUUACAGAACAGCAGGUUCUAAGUAUUUACAAACUGGAACAUUUGAGGUAACAAAAGCUGAAGAUGACGAGAAGCCAGGAAGUCCUCCAAGUAGCCCAUUACCUACUGGAGGGCCAGCUGUAAAACAGACCAGUGCCCUUAAAGUUUCUAUACCCUCAGAACUACAAGGUGUCGCCUAUAUAGAGGUACUUUGCCAGAAGGACCAAGAAGACUUAUGUUCCGCAAACAUAAACCUGUUAGGAUCUGGAGCUCCGUCUUCUAACCCGGAUAUGCACUGGCAGCAAAAACUCGAAGCCGCCCAAAAUGUUCUUUUUUGCAAAGAAUUAUUUAAUCAGUUAGCCAAAGAAGCUGUUCAGCUACAAGCGCCCAUUCCUCAUAUGGUUGUGGGAAAUCAAAUUAUGGCUACUGUUUUGCCUGGUAUUCAGUUGAUAAUCGCGCUAAGGCAUUCUACUGGUUGUGAUAAGAAAGUAGAGAAACCGGCCCCAUCAAAAAGUGAACAUGACCAUGUUCUAGAGCAUUCCCUCCAUCAAUUACUAAGAGAGGUGCACCACAAAAAUACACAUCAUCCAUUUCCACAUCCUGCAACCGGGCCUUUGGGACCGUCUAAAAAAAGAAUGAUUGCAGGUCCCAUGGCUGCGGAUCGUUACGAACUUUUAGAAAUGACCAAAAAAGAAACGUUACUAGAACAAAUAGUAAAACAGGCUCAGCACUUUAUUAUGCGUAUGCGAACCGAGUAUGUAUUAGAUACGAUAGCGAAAGAGUUCAAAGACCCACUAAUAUCGUCACACUGGAACACCUUAAACAGCCCUACCCAGAGCUGCGUGAAAAUUAAUAUUUCGACGCAUGGAUACGAUGCUGUUUGUAGGACGCCACUCGUCAUACAUGUCGGAGAAAAGAGUUUGAAAUGUAUUUGUAGAGAUGGCAAAGUAAUGAAUAUGAGCUAUGAACCGCAAGAGUUGAGAGAUCUGAUAUUUUGUCAUAUUAAUCAACAUCAAAUAUUGGCAGUACAAGCGUUGGCAAAGACCAUGGGUUGGCAACCGUUGGGUAAUUCCAGUCAUUUGGGCACAGGUCCAGUAGAACCGUUGGGAAACGCAGCAUUAUGCCUAUUAGCCUCGCCUACUGGAGAUCGAAUAAUCGCAGUUCGAUGCGAGCCACAGGCCAGUGGCAUGCAAGUAUCCGUCGCGCAUUCACCCAGAACGGAUUUCUUUCCCAGUCGGUUGGUCACAGAACGGAAAUGGGAACAUUUGGGCGGCCAAUUCAGGGACGUGAGGUUGGAUAAGAUGGAAGGUCGCAAUUUUCUGCAUAAAAUGGAAUUGCUUAUGGCUAGUCUGACUAGUAAUUCCUAGAUGAUUUCGAGUCAAAUAUCAGUUAUUUUAAACAAUAAUAAUUUUAAGAUUUACUGAAUAAAAUUAAGUUUAUGAUGUAAUUGUAUAUAUAAUUGAAUGUACUUUUCAUAAUAAAAUAACACCAUAUGGCUGGUCCUUUUAUGACUUAUA